AUGCAGACAAUACUGGAGACCCUUCAAAACCAAGCUCAAGACGAGCCAGAGAGGAUCUAUGCCUCAUACGCUCUCUCACCAGACCUUUCGGACGGCUUCCGUGAUGUCACAGUCGGCGGAGUUCUCCGAGCCAUAGACGCCUUUGCUUGGUGGCUUCACAAUGGAUGGGGCCGCAGCGAGGAUUUCGGUACUGUUGCAUACAUUGGACCGUCAGACUUGCGCUACGCCAUCUUUUUCUUCGCCGCCAUCAAGUGCGGAUACAAGACGCUAUUCAUUUCUCCUUUGAACAGCUUUGAGGCCAGCAAGUCCAUCCUUGAAGCAACAAAAUGCCAGAGGAUCUUCUACGCUCCGCCUAUGGGACAGAUUGCAAAAAACUUGCAGUGCAUAGCGACCUCGGACACACUGGAUGUUGUCCAGAUUGCGUCUUUGGAUGAAUGCUUGGCCGCGGAAUCCAAGCCUUAUCCUUACGAGAAGACGUUCGAAGAAGCGAAGUGGGAUCCAGUCGUUGUGAUCCAUACCUCAGGAACAACUGGUCUCCCAAAGCCAAUGACGAUGAACUUUGGAUUCUUCAGCACUACUUCGGAACCAGUCCCACCAGUUCCAGGCUACAAAGACGGUUCGCUCAAAUGGUUCGAGCGCCGAACCUUCCUCGGUCCUUUCCCGCCAUUCCAUCUUGGAGGCGUCUACACCAUGAUGACCAUUCCGGUGUACUUCGAAGCAACCAUCGUAAUACCUCCCGCAGUACCCGGUGCUGUGUCGGGCAAGGUCCUAGUAGACAUCAUGAACCAGAAGAAGAUCGAAGCCAUGUUCUGCAGCACACUCCCCAUUGAGCAAGUCAUGCAAGUACCCGGCGGCCCCGAAAAGUUGAGGGAGAUGCACUUCAUAGCCUUUGCGGGAGCACCGCUGCCACCGUGGGUAGGCGACGACCUGAGCAAGCACACGACCGUCAAGACAUUCUUCGGCUCCACCGAAACCGGCAGCAUCCCGACCAUCCCCCCACACGCCGAAGACUGGGCCUACAUCAAAUUCGCCCCCUGCGUCGGCGCCGUCUUCGAGCCCGUCCUCCCGCUCAACCCACCCUCUUCAUCCUCCUCCUCAUCCUCCUCUCCCCCAUCCUCCUCCCACUCCUCAUCAUCCUCCUCAACCUCCCCCUCCUCCCCCGACCCCAUCCCCCACGAACUCAUCUUCCCCCCCACCACCGACCCCGCCACCAUCCGCCACCGCGGCAACGCCUGGCUCUUCCCCUCCACCACGACCUCGGAAUGGCGCUCACGCGACCUCUUCGUCCCGCACCCCGACCCGGCGCGCGCCAGCGAAGGAUUGUGGCGCUUCUACGGGCGCGUAGACGACGCCGUCGAGCUGGCCUCCGGCGCGAAAUUCUUCCCCGGGCCGUGGGAGGCCGCUGUGCGGGGCCAUCCGCGCGUCGCGCAUUGUAUGGUUGUUGGUGCGGGGCGCGCGCGGCCUGGGGUGUUGGUUGAGCCGAUGGAGGAGUUGGUUGGCACGGGUGGCGGCGGUGGGGCGGAGGGGGAAGGGGAAGGGGAGAAGGAAAAGAGGUUUGUGGAGGAGGUGUGGCCGGUGAUUGAGAAGGCGAAUGAGGGCGUGGCGGCGUGCGCGAGGGUGGGGAGGGGGAUGGUGAGGGUGGUUAGGCCGGGGAGUUUGGUGAGGGCGCCGAAGGGGACGGUUAUAAGGAGGGCGAGCGGGGAGGGGCAUCGGGAGGUUAUUGAGGAGAUGUAUCGGGGGCAGUGA